GGUCAUAGGGCAUACGGAACAUGGAGUUAUGCUAUUAACUUAUGUUUACUCAGGAAUGAAUCACUUUUAAAAGAGCGGAAUAACAGUUCGGACUACUGGUUAGGAUAUUUCAUGUAUGAAGAAGACGAAUCCAAUCAAAGAUGUGGUGCGAUCCUAAGGAAUGAUAUUACGCAGCCACCAACCUACCAGUUCAGACCUUGUUCAGAUCACUUGCAUGUUUUAUGUAUGGACGAAACCGACUCAAGUUUUAUAAGCACCCCAAUAUCAAUAAAUAGUGAUAAUCAAAUUCCUGCAAACUCAACAGAAUCAGCGUUCGAUGUAUCAUUUAAGCCUACUUCUACACAGAUAGCUGAUGUACAGAGAUCUGGUGUAAAGAACAAUACAUUUGUUGUAGGAGAAGUAGUCAUUGUGAAUGUUGUUCUCUUCGGACUGUGUAUUCUCGUUGUCAUUAUGAUAAUCCUAAGAAAGCGAUUGACUUUACAAGUUUGUCAAACAGCCAAACAGAAAUUUCAAAGGUGUAACAUCAGUAAAAAUCCAAUGGUACAAACAAAUGGAAAUAGUGAAAUGAAGAACAGAAAUAAAACUGAAUUGGUUCGUGACAGCUAUGACGAAACUUGGGAACUUCGUCGUAAUAUAGUUCAUAAUGGCGAACUUGACCAGCAGGAUAUCAUUAUUGUUCAAACGGAGGAAACGGAAAUAUGA